CGGAUAUAGUAUCGCGUCAAUCUUCGAAAGGAAAACAUGGCAGGACCGAGGCAAACUCCACUAACAUGCAGUGGUCAUACUCGUCCAGUUGUGGAUUUAUCAUUCAGUGAAAUUACUCCGUUUGGAUAUUUUUUAAUCAGCGCUUGCAAAGGUGGGGGGUUGGUUUUUGUUCAUUGAUCAAUGUCAAUAUAUUGUAGCUUAACACAGGAAAAAGUUGUCUGAAUCAAGAAUAUAAGACAUAAGAAGAUGAUGAAUUUUUUUUAGAGAUUGAAUUACCAAUUUCAUUAUUUCGUCACUAGUCCACUAGUACUGAUAAUAUGAAUAAUAUUACUAUAAUUAUAAUCAUAGGAUUCAACAGAAUAAGCCUCUGUAUUUGAAAUAAUAAAAUCACUGUUUGAAUCAUCAUCAGAGUAAUACCUUUAUUUAUUAGAAUUGGAUUGAUCACCAGAUGGGUCAGGUCAAGAUUUCAUGGUUGAGUUUGUAAACAAAAAUAAAAUGGACAAUCAAAACAACUGCUUCAAUGCCUUCAAACAGUUUAUUCUCUGUAAAACCUCGUUCAAACACAGAAAAACUGGAUGUUUAUACAAAGCAAAAUCAUUCUAGAAUUCAUUUAAAAUAAUUAAAAACCAAUAGCUUCGAAAAGAACCAAAAUAAGUUUAAAUAACAGGUUUUAUACAUUGACUAUCCCAUCGUCGAUACGCCAAAAUCUUUGAUGAUGAGAGCGUUUUUUUGGAGAGAAAGAGUUAAUUUGUCACUCAUUAAAAGUCAAGCCUAAGCAACAGGGUCUUGGCGCGGGAGGGGGGAUGGAUGUUUGUUUAAAAAAACAGAGAUAAUUUACUUUUCAAAUAGAUUUUCAUUUCGGUUUUCUAGUUUUAAUAAAAUAUAUGAAUUUCUGGAGUAAUUAGGGAAGUGCCACAUUAAAAAAAACAUUUGGGUAUUAAUAAGCUUGUGAUGGAUUAUUUUGUUUCAUACUCGGUAAUGUUGAGAUUUGGUUUGGUCCAGGUGGUGUUCGAGUUCAACUGUGUGUUCAUUUCCAUCUCAUUUAUGGACACUGUCCCUUGUUUGUUAAUAGUAUAUUAAAAAUGCAAAGCCAGAGAAUUUAAAUGCAUUUAUCUUUAGCAGUGUCUCAUCUCUCUUAGUACAAAAAAUUUUUUUGCAGAUGGUAAACCUAUGCUUCGUCAAGGAGACACUGGAGAUUGGAUUGGGACGUUUGAAGGUCAUAAAGGUGCUGUAUGGGGAGCUACUCUGAAUAAAGAUGCUACCCGUGCAGCAACUGGAGCAGCAGAUUUUACUGCGUAAUUUCUAGGCUUAUAACAAUUUCUGAAGACAAAGAAAAAAUUACAUUUCUAAUGUCAAUUUUAAGUUACCCCAAUUAAUUAGAGAUUUUUUUUUCACUUAAAUUAAAGAAAGAAUUCAGACAAAAAUUCAUUAAUAAAUAUUAGUUUAUUAACAACAAUUUUAAAAAAAAGAAAUGAAAACAUAAUAAAAAGUAAUUGAAUAUUUACUAUAAAAUUUAAAAAUUUUCAGAUUUAUAAUCCUUGCUUCUAGUUAAUAAUGAUUAUCUCUUGCCAACAGAAUACUUAGUUAACAUUUACAUACUGCCUAUCCUGUUUGUAAAAAAUAAAUAUUAAAAAAAUAUUAUAAUUCAUAAAUACCUAAUAUGAUAAUAAACAUAUUUCCAAACAAUCCUGUUUUUGACUAAUACAAACAUAUGUGGCAAUUCAAUUAUAUUAAUGUGUUUAUAAAAAAACUUUUUAACUUAUAAUUAAAAGUGUCUUAAUUUCAUUUCAGCAAAGUUUGGGAUGCAGAAAAGGGUGAAGAACUCCACAGUUUUUCUCAUAAGCACAUUGUGAAGAGUGUUGACUUUUCGUCGGACAGCCACUAUCUCCUAACUGGUAGUAAUGAGAAAAUAUUAAGGAUCUUUGACCUGGAGAAACCAGAAGCUGGUAUGCCUUUGGAUGGAUAACCAAAACUGUUAUGAUUUCUUAUAUUUCCCUUUAAGUGUUGAAGUAAAAAAAUAUUUAAAUUCCAUAAUUUGGUGUCAUAAGUAUGACUGAUUACUCUCCCCAGAACCAAAGCAAUUUGCUGGACAUACAUCAAACAUAAAAGCUGUGCAUUUUAACAAAGAUUGUAAUAGGGUUCUCAGUGCAAGUGAUGAUAAAACACUCAGGUAAAUGUUGUAUGGAUAAUGAGAUUCACUUAAUUCUAUUCUAAUUUUCUUAGGAAACAAGAAAAACAAAGUAAUUUUAAACCUGAAAAAAAGAAACGCAACAAAACAUCAGUGAACAAAAAAAAAAAAACAAUGAAAUUUAAAAAAAAUAGCACUUACCUGAUAAGUAGAAUUCGAGAGGUCAGCAAAAGAAUUCUUUUGUUGCCCUCUCAGAUACUUCUUCUCAGCUAAUUGCUAUUUUUUAAAAAUCAAAUAAAACUUUAAUCUUACAUUUCCUUUAUAUAGACUUCUUAAAAUGAUAACUUCACAAAUUUGAUAACGUAAACUUUUAUAUGCCGUUUCUUCCUUGACUGUUAACCUCAGAAAAGUAAUGUUAUUUUAAUGUUUGUUAAAUAAUAAAUGAUUUAGUUUUUGUAAAAUAAAACUUCAAUUUUCUGCAGAGUUUGGGAUGUAAAUACCUGCCAAGAGAUUCACAAAAUUGAAGUUUCAUCACCCCCUGGGAGCUUAGAACUAACAUCGGAUGGCUCAAUUUUUACAGUCACUUAUGGACAUUUUACAGCCUUUUACAAUGCUGAAACGUGUGUAUACUAUAUUCAACUUAUAAAAUAUUCAUGCCAAUAUUCCAAAAAAAUUCUAAGAUUUUGUAUCUUUUUAUUCCAAUAAAUAUUUAUUUCUAAAACAUCAACUUUGUUAAUCAUUUCAGGUUUGAGAAGAUAAAGGAGAUCAAAGCACCUGCACCUGUAAAUACAGCAUCUCUCCAUCCAUCUAAAAACUUCUUUGUUUGUGGUGGAGAAGAUUUUAAAAUGUACAAAUUUGAUUAUUUUACUGGAGCUGAACUGGGUAAAAUAAUUAUUUUUUGAAUUGGCCCGAUGCUUAUUAUUUUUUUUAAGCAUGAAUAAAUUUUUUAAAAUUUGAAACAUCAUUUAUUGAAAUUUUAACACCAUCCACUUAAUUUUAAAUUUGGUAAAUAUGGACUAUUUCUUUUAAAAGAAAUUUAUAAUUUUUAAAAUAAUAUUAAUACUUAUAUAAUAUAAAAUAAUAUUAAAGAAAAAAAAGAAAUUUUUAAAAAUUUAUUGUCAGAGUCAGUGGCUCAACUGUGAUUACAAACUUUUUCUUUGCACCCCAGUUUGGGAAACCCCGCUGUAAUGAAAUAGUUUUGCAAAUUUUUAAACUUUGCUAAAAUAAUUAAAUUUUAACUGUAUUCCAUCCAGAGUCUUUCAAAGGUCAUUUUGGACCAGUCCAUUGUGUUCGGUUUUCUCCUGAUGGUGAAUUGUACGCCAGUGGGAGUGAGGAUGGAACUCUCAGAUUAUGGCAAACUACAGUUGGAACUACCUAUGGAUUAUGGAAAUGUGUUGCGCCAGACAUUGACUGCUGUGAGAUCAAUUCAACAGCAUCUCCAACAACAGCAACAUCAAAUACAAAUACUUUGGUCAAAGUUGAAUCGUGAUACUCCCAACAGUAAAUGAAUGUUGAGUAGGACUUUAAAAAAUGUUGAAAUACAACUUUUAUUGAUCAAAAUUCGAAGUGUCACUGCAACCCAAGUAUGUUACCUUGAUGAGUUGCCCAUAGUCUUUACAAGUCUACUGUUUUCAACUGACUUGUUGGACAGAUAAAUGCCUGUCAAAACCAAUGAUUUAAUAUUUAAAGUUAAGUAUUGGCUAUUUGAUUUUUGUUGCUUUUUAUUUCAUCCAGAUAGCAUGUGCAACUGCCAGUCAUAGUGACCUAUGUGUAAAUACUAAGCCUUUUUUUUUUCUUGCUCCAUGGUGCAGGUUUUAUAGUGAAUUUUAAAAUACUUAUUUUUGUUCUGGUUAAGUGGUUUGUUAAUUUGUUAUACUAAGUCCUGUGGUAAAUUUUGAAAGGGGUAAAGGACUAUAAAGUUUUAAUAGAAACUGCUUGAGUAAAUGGGUUUAAAAAAAUGAUGCUGACUAUUGGAAAUGAUUUUUUGUCUUUUUCACUAUGGAAUACACUAAAUCUUAAAAUAGUAUUAAACCAACAAAUCAUUUAUUGAAUAUUUUAAGUUAACAUUGAUAUAAAUAGAAUGGAAGCCUCUUAUGAUUUUCCUUUUUUUUUUGAGGGGUGUGAGCUUUUUGAAUAUUUAUUAAAAGUUUGUUGUGUACUUAAUUCAUAUUAAGAAAUUGGCCUGCUUGCCAUCUGUCCAACUUGAAUCCAUUCAAAAGGCAGAUGAGGAGAAAAUUAAAAGAGCAAAGAAAUUAGUUUUUAAGGUCAAUCUAUUGAUAUAAUAUUGGUAGUCUCUUGCUAAAGCUAAAUAAUAUUCACCCCAUUGAUUAUCUUUUUUAAAAAUAAUAGUUUAUAGUUAAAAUCAAAUUUGUGCCUUUUUUUCCCACCAAAGUAUACAAAGUUCCUUGCUUGAGAAUAUUUGGCAUGCUCUAAAUUUAGUUUUUAAAAAUAAUGUUGGAUAUGUUCUAGAUUGACUGAAAGCUAGUAACAAAUUAAUAUGUGCUUUCAAAUAAUUAAUUUCAAACAAUUAAAAAUGAUGCACUUUGCUAACCCAAGAAAGAGUUUUUCCAAGUUGUUUAUAAUGCCCGCUCUCUUAAGGAAUAUUCUUUAUUGACUUUUGAAAAAUAAAUAACACUGUUUACAUUAUAACACAACUUAAGGAUCACUGUGUUCCACUUGUUUUUAUUUUUUGAAAAAGUAUUUUGAAUAAACUGGAUCCUAUAGUUGUUCAAAUAAUAUGACUCUACCUUAAACUUUGCACUUAGAUGAGAAUUUGAAUCUCAAUUUAGGUUUUGGGCAUUAGCUUAUUUAAAAAAUCUUACUAAUGAUCUAUUAUAAUAAGUUAAUAAGUCAUAGCAUAAACUUCUUUACAAAAUCGACAUGUGCUUACCAAGUAAACAUUUAUGUGGUUCAAAACCUACAUUACAUUAUUUUGAUUUUUUUUUUCAGUUUGAAAAUUUAUCUCAUGUUAAUAAGAAAAUAAAUACACAUUAAAGAAAAUAAACUUUUUUAUUUUUGAUAUUUCAAUUUAAUAUUUUGUAUUCAUUGCAAUCAAUGUUACAUUAUGUAUUACCAAUAAUUCAAACAUUUAUGUGUAGUCAGCAUCACCUAAUAAUAAAACUAUAACAUUAUGAGAUUGGAAGGAAAAUGUGUUAAUCUUAUUUGGUUUCUCCAAUUUUUAUUGAAGAUGUCUUGUCACAAGAAACUCAAAUGUUAAAAAGCAUUAUUGCCAGGUAAAGAAGAAAUGACUCAUAAAGCAAUAGCAUUAUGAGUUUGGAAGGUUAAAAAAUGUUAAUCUUAUUUGCUUUCUCUAAUUUUUAUUCAAGAUGUCUUGCCACAAGAAACUCAAAUGUUAAAAAUUAAAAAGCAUUAUUGCCAGGUAAAGAAGAAAUGACUUCAACAAGCAAUAAAACAUUGAAAGCUAGGAACAUCAUAAAACUUUAGGAAGAUUUGAUUUUACAACCAACAAUUAAUAAUGUAUCCAUUUUUUUUAUUAUGACUGGAUUAAUUUCAUCAGUUAUAUACAGGAAUGAAUAAUAAAAAAUAAAUAUUUCCCCCAUUAGGUUUCCCGGUUUUUAUUUUAAGGAAUGAGUGAGUUAAACAUGUCAUUAACAAAGUCAAAUACAAAAAUGCAACAAAACGCCUGUAAACAAAAUCCAUGAAUUUAAAAAAGUUAAUUGCUAUGAGUAAUUGACUGGAUGGACAAGAUUAUAAUUGUUAAAUCAUAGUAAUAUUACAGUGUUAUAAUUCAAGAAUUUGAUAAGACAUGUUUCCUAAGUUUUAAUAAAUUUAAUUUUUUUUUUAAAUUUAUUAACCUGAAAAUUUCUAUCUAAGCUGUAAAGUUGAAAAUAAUUUUUCACGUUACAUUUAAAUGUUAGAUUAAUAUGAUCUUGGUAAAUAUUAUUUGAAGAACUUCAGCUUUCAAACGACAGAACUGUGGUCCUCUCUAUGAUUUGGAAUUUAACAUGAGUUUUUUAAAUAGGCCUGUACCGACCAGUGAGUUUUUAUUGAUCAGUCGGCAACAAAUAAUUGUUUAAUUCAUAAGCAGAAUGCUAAAUUAUUCUUUGGAAUAAUACUUUGGUGGCCUCCUAGAAAUUCAGUAAGACAUAUUAAUUCAUGGUCUUAUAUUCAACUAUCAUCUUACAAAAAUUUCUUUACUUGUACUCCCUCCCAACAUGUGCGAUAAAUUGGCUUGUGAAUGACUUUGAGACAUUAAUUAAAAACUAUCUGAUAACUUCUGGAAAUGCCCCAAACUUUAAAAUAAAACUGUGUUUAAGAUAAAAAAGUUAUGUGUCAUUUUCAAUAAUCACCAAAAAACAGGACACUUCUAAGCACCUUAGUUUAAAAAGUUACUAUUUAUGUCUUUAACUUAAUUAUUUCUAGUUAACUCAUUGAACAGUUUUUAAAUUUUAGUUUCAAUUAGAACUAAACCUUAAUUUGUAGUCUGCAUAUUGACUGUUAAUUUCUACUUGGCAUCAGAAUUGGUAAAUAUAAUACUAAUACCUGCUUAUAGUUAAAAGAUUUCUUUUUAAUUUUUUUUAUAACUUAUUUUUGAAAAUAGCCACACUGAAUUUGAAAAUGAUCAAAGAUAUCCUGGAUAACUUAUUUUUUGUCACACAAUACACAUGCACCAUACAAAAAUUAAUUAAAAGAUAUGUAAUCAGCAUGAUAAAUUAUAUGCUUUCUUUAAAGACAUACAAUUAUUAAUUAAAUAAAUACAUUGAGAUUAUUAACCCCUUCUGAUUCAAAAUUAAGAAAAAUAAACUUGAAGCAAACUUGAUUGAUGGACAUUUUUUAAAAAAAAUAAUCUAUUCAUGAAUAGUAUGCCCUGCCAGAAUUCUUCUUUAUCCAUAAAUACCCACAGAAGUAAUAUAUAUUUACUUCCAUAAAUAAAAAUCAAACUAUUUUAUUACUUCCAAGAGUUAAAAGUUGAUAAAAUUAAACUUCUUUUGUCCUGUCUCAUGUAAAGAUAUAUUUUUUAUCCAACAAAAUUGAAUUCUGGUGUGUAUUAAUUGAUGAAUAGCCUAAAAGAAGUCAGAAUUUAAUUGGAUUUUAAAAUAAACCCCAAUGUUGCACA